CUGCUCUUCCUGGCCAUGUCCGGUCUCUUCCUGUGGCAGUACAGCCUGCCCAAAGUGGAGUCCGGUUUAAUCAGCGCGGACGCCAAACCAGCAGCUGUCGAGAUGUGUCCCCGCUAUCCAGAACCUGUCCAACUGGACCAUCCCAUCCCCAUUCUGAAAGAUGCGCUGGAGAAGGUGGACGCUCUUCUCCGGCAUCAAAUCCGCAACCCGGGCCUUCCAGCCUUGUCAGCCAUUGUCAUCUACAACGACACGGUCUUGUGGACGGGCAACUUCGGGAAACGCAACGGCUCCAGCGACUUCUCGGGGCUCCCCAACGAAUAUUCCAUUUACAGGAUCGGAAGCAUUUCUAAGUUGUUCCCGACCAUCAUGCUACACAAACUUUGGGAAGAAGGGAAGAUAACAUCCCUCGAUGAUUCCUUGGAGUGCUACGCCCGAAAUUUCUCCAUCAAAAACCCCUUGGGGCAUCUCAAGGAAUCCAAACCGACUUCUUCGGGGGAUGGGGUGAGCUAUUUCGAGGACAAACCGCUGCCCCCCAGGCCUUCUUCGGUCACCCUGCGAAGGAUGGCCAGCCAGCUCUCAGGGCUGCCCCGACGUCUGAGGUCCACCAGCCUCAUGUGGAAAGGAACUACCCAAGAAGCCUUAGCUCUUCUCCGAGAUGAUAUCUUGGUGGCCGAUCCAGGAACUCGGUGCCAUUACAGUAACCUGGCGUUCUCGCUAUUGGCUUAUGUAUUAGCGGAGCAGGUGGCCAAGAGCGAGUACCAGAACUGGGUCUCUGAGAACAUCCUCGAUCGACUAGGAAUGGAGGACACGGGUUUUGAUAUCACGCCCAACGUCCGUUCCAGAAUGACCGUCGGCGUCUACGGCAGCGGAGAAGUGGCUCCUCUCUACGAUCUGGGCUGGUAUAGACCUUCUGGCCAGAUGUUCUCCACGGCGGCUGACUUGGCCAAGUUAGCCAUGGUCUUCUUGAGCACCUAUCACCGGCGUCUUCUGGAGCCCGAGACCCUGAAGGUCAUGUUGACCCCGGUCUUGAAAUGCUCCAGGGAUUACUUUGCCAACAAGACGGGCACCCCUUGGGAGAUUAACGAGCAGAUGGGUUACGACGUCCUCCGGAAGGAUGGCGACAUAGAUGGCUUCUCGGCUACCUUCUCCUUGAUCCCCAAACUCCGCCUGAGCUUCAUCGUCUUGAUGGCUGGCCCACGACCCCAAGGAGAAGACAUCGUAACCCAGAUCUACGACUACCUGAUUCCCUCCCUGGAAUCCGCUUUUCGGGAAGUGAAGAAGAAGCUGAAGUCCCCACCGAGUCCUGCUCCAUAUGUGGGCUACUACACUUUCUCCAACUUAACCUUCUAUGAGAUCAAGGUGGGGCCCAGAGGAGAGCUGCUGAUGCAGCAAUUCGGGCCUCACAUCGAGAAGGUCAUCCCUGAAAAGUACCGGACCAUUAAGCUCCAUCACCUUGAAGAUCGCACCUUCCAAGUGGUCUUUGAGAAGGAAUUUCCGUGCAUCCUGAAAUUAGGGCCUGCCUCGAUUUCCCUCGAGGCCCAAGACGGGCAGCUUUUCAACUUCUACCCGUUUGAUCCCAAGGGACUCUCUCCUGGUUUUGAUGUCCCAGGGUUGAACACCUACAACAUCCUGCGUCUUCGAAGGAGACCUGUCUUCUCCUAA